AUGAUAAAGGGUGGUGUUUGGAAGAAUACGGAGGAUGAGAUUCUUAAAGCGGCGGUUAUGAAGUAUGGACUCAAUCAAUGGGCGCGUAUAUCGUCGCUGCUGGUCCGGAAGUCAGCUAAGCAAUGCAAAGCCCGAUGGUACGAGUGGCUGGAUCCUUCCAUCAAGAAGACGGAAUGGACUCGCGAAGAGGACGAGAAGCUGCUGCAUCUGGCCAAGCUGAUGCCCUGCCAGUGGCGCACCAUUGCGCCAAUCGUGGGCCGCACCCCGGCACAAUGCCUUGAUCGGUACGAGAGGCUGCUGGACCAGGCCGUCGCGAAGGACGUCAACUAUGACCCCCGCGAUGACCCCCGGCGGCUGCGGCCCGGUGAGAUCGACCCCAAUCCGGAGUCCAAGCCCGCCCGGCCGGACGCGGUGGACAUGGAUGAGGACGAGAAGGAGAUGCUCAGCGAGGCCAGGGCUCGUCUGGCCAACACACGUGGUAAGAAGGCCAAGCGUAAGGCCCGUGAGAAGCAGCUGGAGGAGGCCCGCCGCCUGGCGCAGUUGCAGAAGAAACGCGAGCUGAAGGCGGCGGGUAUUGAGGUCCGUGGACGCUUCAAAAACGCGCGUGCCGUCGACUACAAUGCCGAGGUACCGUUCGAGCUCAAGCCGCAGGCUGGCUUUUACAGCACUGAGGAGGAGGAGCAAGUCACCCGCAGCAUGCAGCAGGAGUUCCGUCCAGUGACUGUGGAGGAGCUGGAGGGCCGUCGCCGCAAGGACAUCGAGGAGGCGCUCAUCAAAAAGGACAUCAAGCGUCAGAAGCUUAAUGAGAUGCACGACGCGCCAGGGGCGGUGGCGCAGGCCAUGGGGCUGGACCAGCAAGGCGCACGGAGGAGGGGCAAGCUCAUGCUGCCGGCGCCACAGGUCAGUGAGGCCGAGCUGGAGCAAAUCGCAAGGCUUGGAGUAGACGGCGCCCUCGAGGCUUCUGUGCAGGAGGGAGCCGGCGGCGACGCCACUCGUACAUUGCUGGGGCAGUACGGCCAGACGCCGCGGCUGGGGCCCGGCGCCACGCCAAUGCGCACGCCGCGCACUGGCGCCGCCGGUGGUGGCGAUCGCAUUAUGGCAGAGGCCGCAGCACUGGCUCGGUUACAGGGCAUGGGCACGGUUCUGGAGGGAGGCGAUACCGGCGUGGACGUGGCGUCAAUGGAUUUUGCUGGCGUGACGCCGCGCCAUGUAGUGGCGGCGACGCCGAACCCUCUUGCAGCGAUGGCGACGCCGUCGGUGCGUGGCGGCGCUGCUGCCGGAGGCGGCGGCGCCACCGGUGCGCGUAUCGUACCGGCGAUAGCGGGCGCUGCCGCCACGCCAUCCGUGGCGGGAACACCGCUGCGCGGCGGCGGCAGCUCCGCCGUCCCUGGCGCCACGCCGCUGCUGCCUGUCAUCCGUGAUGAGCUGGGUCUGAACGAGGCGGAUGUGAUGGCGGCGGCGAUGGAGAUGUCUGGAGGUAAUAAGCGUGCGGCGGCGGCGCGGCAGGCGGCGGUGCGCGGGGAGCUGCGGGACCGGCUGGCGGGACUUCCGGCGCCACAGAAUGAGUACGCGUUUGAGGUGCCGGAGGUGGAGCAGGAAGCACCCGCGGAGGAGAUGGAGGAGGACCUGGCGGAUGCGCGGGCACGUAAAGCCCGCGAGGAAGAGGAGCGGCGCCGACUGGAGGAGCUCAAGAAGUCUAAGGCGGUUCAGCGGCAGCUGCCGCGACCACUGUCCGUGGACUCCCUGCCGGGUCCCAAGGUGGCUGCGAGUGCCGGGGUUGCGGCGGGUGGUCUGCGGGAGCGGGCGGAGGAGCUGGUCGCGGCGGAAAUGGCGGCGCUGCUCACACACGACGCUAACAAGUACCCGGUGAAGGACAGCAGGGCCGACACCAAGAAGAAGUCCACCGGUCCAGCCUCCCGCCCCGCCGGGCCCUCGGGGCCCCUGGAGGAGUUUGACCUGCAGGAGCUCAAGGCAGCUGACGAACUGGUGCAGCGGGAGGUUGCCUUCCUGCGCAAGGCCUGGGACCACACAGCCCUGCCCCCCUCGGACUACCUGGACGUCUGGCUGGCAGUGCACCGGGACCUCAUCUACCUGCCCUCCCGCCAGCGCUAUGAGCGAGCUGCCUCUGCAACGAAUGUGGAUCGAAUCGAGUCCAUCAAGUGCGAGUUCGAGUUUGUACGAGGGGACAUGGAGCGCGAGGCGCGCAAGGCCGCCAAGUUGGAAGCCAAACUGGGUUUGCUGCUGACAGGACUGCAGCGGCGGCAUGGAGAGUUGUCCGGUCGGAUUGGGGAGCUGUGGGGUCAGGUCCGAGAUGCAGCACAGGAGCUGGCGUGUUUUAAGGCCCUACAUGAGAGGGAGCUGCACGCUGCCCCCGAGCGCCUGGAGGCCCUUGGGGAACUAUUGUCAGCAGCUCAGCGGCGGGAGGUGGAACUGCAGGAGCGCUAUAAGGCCCUCACCCGCCGGAUGGAGGACCUGACAGAGGCACUUGCCAGGACUUGAAUGCGGAACAGGGUGGGAGACGGGGCCAUAGCUGAGUCAUGAUGAGCAGGUAGCGCAGAGGGGGUGAGUGUUGGCAAGGAGGGUGGCUGCGAUGGAUUUGGUUUUGUGCAUUGCACGGGGCCGAGCCAGGAACAGCGCAAUCACCAUAUAGUUCAGGUGAGUCUACGCGGAUUCGAGGUUAGCGUUUUCCUGGCUGGCUGUUUGUGUGGAACUGCCCUCCUAAUGCGGAUUGAGGGCAGGCACUCAAGGGUGGCGUAGGCGGUGCUGCAGUAUUUGCGAGAGCGGUGCCUAAAAAUACUGAUGCGCUCGGCGAUCAAUCUGUUGGCUAACCUAAUUCCAUCGAUGAGGCUGUUUGUCUGUAAUCUUUCGGAUAUG